AUGGGAAAGCUGUUGCCCUUCGAGCCCGAAGAAUGGGAUCUACCCCUGGGUGGAAACACGCCAUUGCCUCCCUCCGCUGCUGCAGAAACUCAUAGCAAUGAGUCGAAGAACCCCAAGAGGGACCCCCACUUCUUCAGUAACACAGCAACUCCAACUCCUCUGUGCUCCUCACUGUGUCUCCUGACUCCCCAGGAAGAAGUCUCCUAUGAGGAGAGAGCCUGUGAAGGAGGGAAGUUUGCCACUGUGGAAGUCACAGACAAGCCUGUGGACGAGGCCCUCCGGGAAGCAAUGCCCAAGAUCAUGAAGUAUGUGGGCGGCACCAACGACAAGGGAGUUGGCAUGGGUAUGACAGUCCCCAUUUCUUUUGCCGUGUUUCCCAAUGAAGAUGGCUCCCUACAGAAGAAACUGAAAGUCUGGUUCCGGAUUCCGAACCAGUUUCAAAGCAGCCCACCGGUUCCCAGUGACGAGAGCGUGAAGAUCGAGGAGCGGGAGGGCAUCACUGUCUAUUCCACGCAAUUCGGUGGUUACGCCAAGGAAGCAGACUACAUUGCUCACGCCACCCAGCUACGUACCGCCCUGGAGGGCACGCCAGCCACCUACCAGGGUGACGUCUACUACUGUACCGGGUAUGACCCUCCCAUGAAGCCCUAUGGACGUCGGAAUGAGGUCUGGCUUGUGAAGACAUGAGUCAUUCUCUGAACUGAGAGCAUCCUGGAAGUGUGCCACUGUGUCCCCCGACUUGGGGUCAAGAGGGGGCAGUGCUUCUCCAGUUCCAGCUUUCCUUCAAAACCCCUCACUGCCAGGUUUCUAAAAUAAGCCAAGAUUGGCAGCACCGUUCUUGUGGAGUUAUAAAAUCCUGUGGCAGAUCAGAAAAAUCUCAGCAGCAUUUUCUCUGCCAUCUGGGUCACUGAAAACUGAUUUUUAAAAAUUAUCAAAUUUGUAUUUUUGUUAGUGAGGGAACAUGUGAUUUAUGCAUGAGCUUUCAUCUAUGAUUCUUCUAAGAACUUUGUCUAGAAACCAAAAAUACAUAUCUUUGACUUAAGCAGCAGA